UUUGCCAACCUCCAAUCUGACCCAAAGGAAGAAACAGUGCACAUCACAUCUCUACAUGUUUUUUGUGACGAGAUGCGGACUUCUGGCUGAGCGACGUCAUUUGAAUCUGAUUAGUUUGCUGCUAUGAAACGAUAAGGACCUGAAGGACUUGGUUCGCCUGCUUUGCGACAUGUCCGCAGCGAUGCUCAGCACUACCACCAACAAGUUGAAUGUAUUGGUCAACAAGCUACACGAGUACUUAGCGCAUUCCACCGUUGAGGACAACAAUGGCACACCAACCUCAGAGGAUGCUGAUGAUCUGAAAAACAGCAGCUGUUCUGUGGGAAACUCAAGAGGCGAGACUGCAGCAGAGCCAGGUGUGGAUACCAGAUACUCAAGGAGAAAACCUUCUGUUGUCACAAAGCACUCUGGACUAGAUGAAUCAGGGGAUUCAAAUGCAAGUGAGGACGUUGAUUUACCAGCCACCGGAAAUGGUCACCUCGAUAUCACAAGACUGCCUAAAGGCACUGUACUGGUCAGGCCUGAACCAGUUGAUAAUGGAAGAGAUGACUUCAGGGGUCCUGAGUUUCGCAGCCGAAAAUCCAACGUACUGCGAAAAGAGUUCUCAAGAAGACGUGGAGGAGUUGAACAAAUGGGAAUCGUCAGUUGCACUGCAUGUGGCCGACAAGUGAACCACUUUCAGAGAGAUUCCUUCUACCGGCAUCCAAUUCUGAAAGUACUUAUUUGCAAGACUUGCUACAAGUAUUACUUAAGUGACGACAUCAGCAAGGAUGGAGAUGGAAUGGACGAGCAGUGCAGAUGGUGUGCUGAAGGAGGCAACUUGAUCUGUUGCGACUUCUGUAGUAACGCCUUCUGCAAGAAGUGUAUUCUAAGAAACCUGGGAAGGAAGGAGCUGUCUGGCAUCUUGGAGAGUAAAUGGUACUGCUACGUGUGCAGCCCAGAGCCCCUUUGUGAUCUGGUGUUGGCUUGUGACAGCGUCCUCGAUAACAUGGAGCAUAUAUGGCAACAGCAGCGCAGGAGAAACCGAGCGGGGCCAGAGAAAUCUGAACUCUACGGCAUCUUGCCACACUCACCAUCAAACAUUCCUUUGGGUAUGGAUGGUAAUGUGGUGUUCAACUACAACACCCUGCAGAUUUCCAAGGAGGUGACAAAAAAAGCGAAACAUUUAGUGGAUUCUACCAACAUGUUAAACCGAACAUUUAUCAAUUUCAUUCAUACUGUGACGGUAAACAAAAAAACACCUGCUGUUCGCCAUUUGUACUUUAAGUCUUUUUUGUCAGUCGUUAAAGGCUUGAGAAGAUCACUCACUGUAUUUGAAGAAAACCUUAAGGAAGAAUUUAGUGACAUGGACGUAUUAAGCAAUUGGGAGAAACUCCUUAGUGAUGGCUUUGAAACACAACCUGUGACAGACACAGAGCUGGAUGUCUCUAACGAAAGAUGCUUGAGUGACUUGCAGAAAUUGGCAGCUGAACAUAUGGAAGAUGAGGAUUCUGAAUCCAAGGGAUUCAUAGAUGGGAGAAGUCCACAUGAGUGCCCCAGGGAGGACAUGGAUUUAGAUUCACACGAAGCUGGACAGAGCACGCAAAAGACGAGCCCAAAGCCGUCUGAAACAGGGGUCAGCAUGACAAAAAAACUAGUUGUAAAACUUACACCUGUGCCUAUGGAGCAGGAGCCCUCCUCUCAUGCCCCAAAGAUGCAAGAGGACAUUCACACAAGGGAUAAAAAGCCAAAAAAAAGAGAUGUAUCAGAAGAUAAGGAGACGGGUGUUGUGCCUUCUAAAACUGACAGCAAGCUGAGCAGUGACAGCACUAGUACAUCUCUACACCUAGAAGAGGAACAAGGCAAUAGACGGUCUCCUCGUGUGAAGACGACACCUUUGCGUCGACCAAGUGAUGUCAAGGCCCAAACAUCUCUUUCAGCAGCAGACAGUGACAGCGAUUCUGACCCUGAGGAAACACCCAGCACUGUACAAGCCAAAAACACUGAAGAACAAAGUCUGAGGCCAGCAAGGGACGACUCUGACUCAGACGAAGUCCCUCCAGCUCUGCUUGAGCGAGCAGCUAUGACACAAAGCUCUGAUGAAGCCCAGAGUGAUGAUGAUGGUGGCAAAGCGUCAACUCAGGUUGCCAAGAAAUGUCUGUUUUGGCUCACGAAGAACACCCCGAUCUCACCGGAGACGAUACGCCGCAAACGCAAGAUGCUGGAUCGCUCCCACGAGUCCGACUCGAGCGAGAGAAGAGUCAAAGCCCGGAGGGAAAUAGGGGCCGAUAACUUUAGUGACAAUCAAGACUCGCAGAAGAAAAUAAAACACUUGAACACGCUGAGGCCGAUAGGGAAGCCUCACCUCAUGAAACGAGAGGAGGAAGCUGUGGCGAGAAAGCAGGGAAGGUUACAGGCUGGGAAGUCUAAGACUAAAGCUCAUCAGGAAGAAUUGGAAUCGCCGUCAUCGAGUGAAGAAGAUGAACGUGAUGAUGACUCUGGGAGCGACGGAAGUGAUCAGAAAAUGAAGCCAAUCACUGAAGAUGUGGCCUUGCUGGGGGCAGCGGCAUUCCACCAAUCAUCAGGAGAUGAGGAGCAGUCUGGGCCCUCGUGGGCAGCAGAAGAUGAUGAUGAUCCAGAAAAUAGAAUCGCUAAGAAAAUGCUUUUGGCCCAAAUCAAAGCCAACUACUCGUCGGGGGAUGAAAUCUAUUCGGAGGAGGACACGCCGGAGGAGGAAUCUGAGUCUGAAGGUGGUGAUGAGGUCAAACAAGGCAAUCAGGAAAAUGGAGCAGAUGAAAAUGGGGAAGACUUGGCUUCACAACCCUCUGACAACACGUCUGAGGAUUCCAUCUCCAGACACCAUCUGCUCCGACACAAACUUACCUUAGACGAGGGGACGACAAGUGACAAGGGAGCAAAAGAGAGCGAAGUUGGAAAGAAGGGGAGGAAGAAAAAAGCUGGCAGCCAAUCCCAGAGCUCUGAUGGUGAAAGUGGCGAUGACAGUGACGAGACGAAUAUUGACGACCUUGGAUUGAGCGAAGUGCUGAGUGAAUCAGAAGAGGAGACCAAUGAAGACAAGCUCAAACGUCUGUCCACUAAGGUGAAGGAAAACCUUAGUAGUUCUCAACAGAAGGAACAAGUCCAAUGCAUUUGGUUGUCUGACACUGACAGUGAAAAGGAGCAGAAUGAUCCGGAGGAUGGUGAUGAGGGGACUGACGGUACAAAACAACGCAAAAAGAUCCGCAAAAUCAUCGACAACGAGAACCUCCGCGCCGAGACCCAGGAAGCACUGAGAGAGGAGGAGGAGAGGUGCAAACGCCUGGCAGAAAGGGAACAACAAAUGGAAGACAGGAGAGAGAUCAUUGUUAUAGAGGAUGAGCUGUCUCAGGUGGUUUGUCCGGUCACCACAAAGCUGGUCCUGGAUCAGGACGAGGAGACCAAGGAGCCCCUGGUUCAGGUGCACAGGAACCUGGUGACAAGACUGAAGCCUCACCAGGUGGACGGUGUCCAGUUUAUUUGGGACAGUUGUUGUGAGUCUGUGAAGAAGGCCAACUCUUCACCGGGGUCAGGCUGUAUACUGGCACACUGCAUGGGCCUGGGGAAGACUCUGCAGGUGGUAACGUUCCUCCACACAGUGCUGCUCUCAACUAACCUGAAAUUCAGAACUGGCCUGGUCGUGUGUCCACUCAACACGAACCUCAACUGGGUCAGCGAGUUCAAGAAAUGGCAAAACAAAAUGGGAGAAGACAAAGUCAAGGUUAGAGAACUGGCCACAGUGAAAAGCACUCCAGAACGACUCCUUGCUCUGCAGGCGUGGCAGAGAGAAGGAGGAGUUAUGAUAAUGGGGUACGAGCUUUAUCGCAUCCUGUCAUCAGCCAAGAAUAUGAACAAUGAGGAGUGUAAGACACAGCUAAAGAAGAUCCUGGUGGACCCAGGCCCAGAUUUUGUGAUUUGUGACGAGGGGCACAUCCUCCGCAACGAAUCAUCCGGCAUCUCCAAGGCAUUGAAUGGCAUCAGGACUCGGCGAAGAGUGGUGCUGACUGGAACACCGAUGCAGAACAACCUGGUCGAGUACCACUGCAUGGUCAACUUCAUCAAGAAGAAUCUUCUGGGCUCAUUGGGCGAAUUCCGAAACCGCUUCAUCAACCCCAUCGAGAACGGCCAGUGUGCCGACUCAACACCGAAAGACGUUCGAAUCAUGAAGAAGCGAGCGCAUGUGCUUCAUGCAAUGUUGGUUGGAUGUGUACAGAGAAGAGAUUACUCUGAGUUGACUCAGUUUCUACCUCCCAAACACGAGUAUGUGCUGGCAGUGCGGGUUUCUCCGCUGCAGUAUAAGUUGUACCGCUACUACCUCGACCACGUCAGCGGUGUGGGUCCCAUGUUGAACUCUGUAAAGAUUAAGAUUGGAGCGAACCUCUUCAAGGACUUUCAGGCGCUCGGCCGAAUCUGGACUCAUCCCUGGUGCCUUCAGCUCAGCUUAACGAAUAAAGAAAAAAAGAGAAAUACGAAAAGGAAGAAUCAAGUUACAGUGGCAGCUCCGCUGAGGAACCAACAACCCAGUGCAACCGAGAGUAGACUGAGAGAGAACAACGGAACAGGAGGAAACAACCCAAACAACAGUGCAAUGGUUAAUGUUUAUGCUUCCAAAGCUGCUCCAGCAGUUCCAGGUGAGACAGCAACACUCAGCCCAAGGUCCGAUGAAGGCUGGUACAAGAGUAUGCUCUCUGAGAGCGACGCCACUAUCCUGCAGCACUCGGGGAAGAUGGUGCUCUUGUUUGAGAUCCUCAGGAUGGCUGAAGACCUGGAUGAGAAAGUGCUCGUGUUCAGUCAGUCCUUGGUCUCAUUAAACCUAAUCGAGGAUUUCCUUGCGGCCUCUCACCACGCCAGAGACCCAGCAGCAUUCAAAGUCGGCAGCUGGAUUAAAAACAUUGAUUACUAUCGUCUUGAUGGCGCCGUCAAUGCUACAAACAGGCAGAAAUGGGCAGAUCUGUUCAACAAUCCUGCAAAUAUCCGCGGGCGGCUGUUUCUCAUCUCAACGAAAGCUGGCUCUCUCGGCAUCAACCUCGUGGCUGCCAACAGGGUCAUCAUCUUUGACGCCUCGUGGAAUCCGUCAUACGACAUACAGAGCAUAUACAGGGUGUACCGCUUCGGGCAGCUCAAACAAGUGUUUGUGUAUCGCUUCCUGGCUCAGGGCACCAUGGAGGAGAAGAUCUAUGAUCGUCAAGUGAUCAAGCAGUCCUUGUCCUAUCGAGUGGUGGAUCAACAGCAGAUCGAGAGGCACUUCACCCUUUUCGAGCUCAAAGAACUUUACACAUUUGAGCCAGACCUGCUGAAUGACCCGAACUCAAAGAAAAGCAAGAGGACCACCUCUGCUUUGCCAAAGGAUCAGAUCCUGACAACGCUGUUGGAAACCUGUAAAGACCAGAUAGUGUCGUACCACGAACACGAAUCUCUGCUGGACCAUAAACAGGAUGAGGAGCUCAGCGAAGCAGAGCGCAAAGCUGCCUGGGCCGAGUACGAGGCCGAGUCAAAAACUCCCAGCCUUCCAGUCAGCUCGGGUCAGGACACCUUCGAAAAGAAGACCAAUGAAGAGCUCUUGGAAUUACUUAACAAGUGCAGAACAAACGUAUCAGUGGCCUUCCUGUCACUGCAGAGGAUGACGUCUCACACCAUUGCCGACUACAUGUUACAAACGCGGCAACAGUAUCCUCAUCUGCUUGAACACGAGAUGAAGAUCAAGGCUGAGAUUUGGAGAACGUGUGAUCAGAAGGAGCAGGAUCGUCGAAAGGCCUUUUAUAAAGAGGUUCUUUCACAGCAACAAACACUUACGCUCAGGAUUCAGGCCAUACUGAACAGUCGAAGGAACCAAGAGAUGCAGGCGGCCGCGGCCACCGUCAACCAGCCUGCACAGAUGUAAACACUUGAUUCACGUUGUUGCAAUCAAGCCGUGAUGCCUUUUGACUUUCACCUCUUUAUAGGGACCUUAUUUAUUACUGUGCUAGUGAAGUGAAUGUAUGAUUUACCAAGACAGAGUAGAGUGCACCUAGCUGCCAAAGAGUAAAAAGCUACGUAACAUUGCAAGUUAUCCGCUUUUAGUUUCAGACGUGACAUUGGAAGUGAUUUGUGUUUUUAACUCUGAGCACUUUAGCUUCCAUAGAACAACAGUUCCGUUGUACCUGAUCGUGGACAGAAACAUGAUCGUCCUUCAGCUUCUUCUUUAAUGUGCCUUACUUUUUAAAUUGACAGUUUUCUUUAUGCUUUAUACUUAACAUUUUAUGUUUCUUACCGGUUGUAAUAAAUUCAUAAAAUAACCUAAA